GCCUAGACCGGCUCGGGGGGCGUGUGCGCGCGCAGGACACGCCACCUGCGCCGGAGCGCGCUCUGCCCGAAGCAUCCCCAGCCGUCGGGCCACCCCCGUCGCCCCCGCCGGCCCAGCUGCACCUCCCCUCCGCUCCGGUGACUGCUCGCCCGGCGGCAGGGCCCGAGUCGUCGCAGCCACCUCAUUGCACAACCCGGCUUCCCAACUGUUUACACAGCCCGGCCUGUGAGUGUAUGUGUAUACAGCGUGAGUCACCGGGAGGCGGAGGAGGUGGAGGAAAAGGAGAAGGAGGAGUGCACUAGCCGGGAUCGGUGCGGCUCACACACUCACUCACACUCAGUUACCCUCUCCGAGCGCGUCUGUCUCGCGCACACUCACGCCGGGAGCCCGGAGCGCGUAGGAUCCCGGGCGCCGCGGAAAAGUUGGUCCAGCUUUCGCUCCGGCACUUCUUGCUUUGGGAAGUGCAUUUGCUCCGUGGCUCCGCCGAGCCUGCGGAAUCCUGUUCUCGCUGCUCCGGACCUCGGAGGCCGCCGCCGCCUCUGCUUCCCCGACUGUCGGCAGCCUCUACAACAAUAGCGAGGCUCCCCGAGCCGGUACCCACGGGGAUCCGGGGACCCGAACCGGCCUCCUUUCCCCGGACGCGCGGCCACCGUGGUCCUCGCGUGUACCGCGAGCGCCCGGGAGCGGCUCCGGCUUUGCCCCCCGUGGGGGCAGAACCAAGCUCCGUCUGCAACCUCCAUCCCGCGGGCUGGAGUAAGUCGCGGCGCCGGCGCCGACCCAGUUGCACCUUCCCGCGCCGAUCCGAGGACGUACAAAGCCGGGGCCGCCCCGGCCGGGGACGGGAUGCGGGUCGGUCCCGUGCGCUCUGCUAUGAGCGGCGUCUCGCAGCCCCGCGCUCCGGCCUUGCUGCUCCCGGUCGGCCGGGGCGCCCCGGCCAAACGCCUGUUGGACGCGGACGACGCGGCGGCCGUGGCGGCCAAGUGCCCACGUCUCUCCGAGUGCUCUAGCCCCCCGGACUACCUCAGCCCCCCUGGCUCUCCCUGCAGCCCGCAGCCUCCGCCCGCCGCUCCGGGGGCUGGCGGCGGCUCCGGGAGCGCGCCGGGGCCCAGCCGCAUCGCCGACUACCUGCUGCUGCCCCUGGCCGAGCGCGAGCAUGUGUCCCGGGCGCUGUGCCUCCACACCGGCCGCGAGCUGCGCUGCAAGGUGUUUCCCAUUAAACACUACCAGGACAGAAUCCGGCCUUACAUCCAGCUGCCCUCACACAGGAACAUCACUGGCAUUGUGGAAGUGAUCCUUGGGGAAACCAAAACCUAUGUCUUCUUUGAGAGGGACUUUGGGGACAUGCACUCCUAUGUGCGCAGCCGGAAGAGGCUGCGGGAAGAGGAGGCUGCCCGGCUCUUCAAGCAGAUCGUCUCUGCCGUUGCCCACUGCCACCAGUCAGCCAUCGUGCUGGGGGACCUAAAGCUUAGGAAGUUUGUCUUCUCCACGGAGGAGAGAACCCAGCUCAGACUGGAAAGUCUAGAAGAUACACACAUAAUUAAGGGAGAAGAUGAUGCUUUGUCAGACAAACACGGCUGCCCAGCCUACGUGAGCCCCGAGAUUCUCAACACCACAGGGACCUACUCCGGAAAGGCGGCGGACGUUUGGAGCCUCGGGGUGAUGCUCUACACCCUUUUGGUGGGACGCUACCCCUUCCAUGACUCAGACCCCAGUGCCCUUUUCUCCAAAAUCCGACGUGGACAGUUCUGCAUUCCUGACCACAUUUCCCCCAAAGCCAGGUGCCUCAUUCGCAGCCUCCUGAGACGGGAGCCUUCAGAAAGACUCACUGCUCCAGAGAUCUUACUCCAUCCCUGGUUCGAGUCUGUCUUGGAGCCUGGGUACGUCGACUCAGAAAUAGGAACUUCCGACCAGAUUGUUCCAGAGUACCAGGAGGACAGUGACAUCAGUUCCUUCUUCUGCUAAUCCCCAAACCUCAGAAACCUCAUAAUUCUCACACAUGGCAUUUCCAUUUCUAAAGAUGGACAGGCCUUUCCUGCAGAGCUGUUUCCCUUAGUGAACCUUCGCCAGCUGUCCCUGUGUCAGAUUUGGGGGUUCCGCAUCUUUUACAGGUGGCAAGGAGUAUGGAUAUCCUACAGCAUGUGAUCAAGUGAAAUGAACAUUCUAAAGGGAGAGGAAAUGAAUCGCACAAUGGCAUUUUGGGCAAUAACCAUAUUUUUAACAGGGUGACAAAUAAUUUGGGCCAAUAAACCUGCCAUCUUCGAACUUGUCUUUGGUAGCCAGACUUUUGCUACCCUAGCUUCUCUGAUCGGAAAGUUGUUUUUUCUGGUUUGGUUUAACACUCACCCUUUCUUCAUCUUUUCGGAGCAGACUGUUUCAGGGGCAUAGGAGCCUGCCUGAACCACGAACCCAGAAUUUCUCCUCCAUUUCCUGCCAAGACCUCAUUUGCACUAAUGCCUUCUUUCUGACCUUGAAAUGCGCCCUCCCAUCCCUUCACUAUAAAAGCACUUACCAGCUAACUGUGGAAAAGUAUCAUAAAAGAUUCAAACUCCUGGCUAUUUUAGAACUCUGAGCUCAGACAGAGAGACUGGAGACUUUUAACAAGAAUUUGAGCACUUGGAAACCAUUAGCUUUCUUGGUUCCCCUCAAAUAUGUUAGCAUUUAUCCUUUACUUUUUUCCCCAAGACCAUCUCAGGGUGGAGCAUUUUGUCUAGGAGGAGAAAGAUAAGAAGGCUCUCCACUCCCUCUCCCAAGAGCAAAUGUUAAACAUCUUUGUGCUUCAGAGAAAGUGAAUUUUGGUUAGUCUUAGACAGUUCUCGGACUAACUUCCAGAAUUAUACUUUAACCACCCCCAUGGGUAUGGUCUGCAGUUUUGCAUGACAGGUUGUGAAUAUUUCAGAUGUGGUGUGGUUUAUGAAUACAUCUGUAUCAUCAGUAUCUGGGAUGAAAUAGCAAGCCCCAAAUCUUUAAACUUGAAAGGGACGUUAAAAGUCAUCUGGUCCAACUUCUUUCGUUUCUCUGCCACCUCCCAAUGCAGAAAUCCGCCCCCCGACACACAGCUUCUUUCACAGGUUGGGUCUGCAACCUCUUUUUGAAUGCUUCCAGAGAUGGGAACUCACUACCUACAAAAGAUAGAGCUUAACAAAGAAACUGCAACUUGCAUUAAAAAAACAAGUACAGAUGAAAUAUCAGUAAAUAGACAGUACUGAAGUCAGGUGAUUAAACGGGUAAACCAAACAUACUGUAUUUUGAGAAAUGGCACAAAAACAGGCAGUCACUUUUAAGGGCUACGCCUAGGCAAACUACUAACAUGCAUUGUGAGAAUACCGUGUAUACCUCACGUACUGUGUACUUUGUACAUAUAGUGUACCUUUUAUACAUAUGUCCGAUUUUUUUGUUGUUGUUUUGGCUCUGACGCUUGUUCUGUUGUCUGUGUCUGUCUGAAUAACCUGCGUGUCUAAGGCCACGUGAAAUGUGAAUGAUCAUUGGCAAUAUUACCUUGACAGAAUCAUGGGACUUGGAGAAGAGGGAGGACAGAAGCCUCUGUCCCACUAACGUUCUUAUGGUUGCUUGAAUGUUGUAUCUGUGAUACAUGACCCGGCUGAGGACUCUGGGCUGGCUGGGGCUUCGAAACACUAGAUCCUUCCUGUACAUGUGUAUAUAUGUGAGACGGCUGUUUCUGACUUGUAGAGAAAUUUUAAUAAAUCUGGUUUCGUAAAUGGG